AUGUCAGAUCAAACAAGAUUGAGAUUUAUCAUCGAAAACCCUAUCGGCAAUGGCCUGAACGGCUUUCGCACCACGUUCACCUCGAUCUGUGAAGGCGCGGACUUGCGCUCAGCAGAGGACGCCGUCGAUCAGCUCAAGCGGGAGGAUGUGCAAGACCUGGCUUUCAGCCUCCUGACAGCCCUUCAGGUCCUUCCCGCCGCUCGUCUUCUGCCGUCCAAUUCAGGAGGAGUCGUCCGAAGUGACCUGCUUCGACUCAUAUCCGCCGUCGCAUCAAAUGAUUUCGAUCUCGAACGAAUCAAACCGCUGCUCAAGAUAUCUCUUCUAGAUGCAGCAACAGAUGAGCAGAUAUGGAAUCUUGUGGACGUUGCCGCAGAGGAAACCACGCCGCCCCCUCGACCGAUUGCUUCCUCCCUCCAACAAACUCCAUGGUUUCACAAGACGAGUAGCUUCGCGAACUCCUCAGAAUACCGCCAAGAUGUCGACAGGGUCCUCAAGUCUGAGCUUGGGCAACUGUACGUUGGGCUCCUGCAUUUUCGAUCAACAUUUUUCGGCGCUAUCAGUGGUCUUCAAACAGGAUCCGAAGCUGUAUUUCAAAGAUGCAAAGAGGGCAGCGAUCCGCUUUUUGUUGAUGGGUGGAAAGGAUGGCCAAACGACGCAAACCAGGAAAAGGUUUUGAGUUGGUUUGCAGAUCUGAGCGAGAAACUGGCAACAAUCUCGGCAGACUACAACCAUAUGACAGCACACCUGCGGAGACCGCUAGCACAGCCCAACAAGCCCAUUCAAGGCUCCACGGCAGAGCGCAAGCUAGACGUUGGCUUCGUGAGUGACGUCGACGCGAAGAAGGACACCCAUUGUCAUUGGUCGCAGAUUCUAGUGCCGGGGGAGCUGAAAAGCAAUCCGGCAGCCGACAGCGCUUCCAAAGCGUGGCUUGACUUAGGUAGAUAUGCCAGGGAAGUCCUUGCGGCUCAGGAUACGCGUCGCUUUGUUCUAGGCUUUACCCUAUGCGGGUCCUUUAUGAGGAUAUGGGCAUUUGACCGUCUUGGAGGAGUUGCAUCCGAACGGUUUGAUAUAAAUGAGGACGGACUUCAGUUUGUGUUCACUAUUCUUGGAUUUCUGUGGAUGAGCGAAGAGCAAUGUGGAUUUGAUCCCACCAUCAUAACGCGAGAUGGCGAGCGAUUCAUUGAGAUCGAGCGGAACGGCCAGACGGAGCGGCUCGUCCUCGAAAGUCUCAUGAGUCGGGCACCCUGCAUUGCAGGUCGAGCAACCACAUGCUGGAAAGCGCACCGUGAGGCGGAACCUGGGGUUCCACUCGUUGUCAAAGACUCCUGGCAAUAUGCAGAGCGCGACGAAGAAGGGGAACUUCUUCAAGAAGCCACCGAGCGCGGGGUGGUCAACGUCGCACGGCAUUUUCAUCAUGUAACUAUCCGUAUCCGUGAUCAGGAUGACGAUGUUCAAGGCAACGUUCGAGCGGGUUUGGACAUCAGGACCGCAAGCAACUAUCGGCCAGAACGAUCGGCGCCUUCGACUGGCACAGGCACAACCGAUGGUCCACGAAAGAGCCGGGGCAGCGGCCGAUCUAGCUUGAAGCGCUCUUCCAGUCAAACUGGUGCUUUUUUGCCACCUAAUAAGCGACCUUGUUCAGCAUCUCCUACCAAGGCAUCCAUCAAUCCACUGCCAAAUCGAGUUCAUUGGCGUAUCAUCCUGCGCGAUUAUGGCAAACCUAUUUAUAAGGCAAGCACUCGUACGGCUCUACUUGCGGCGCUAGAGGGUUGCAUUACAGGACAUCAUUCUUUGCAAAGGGCAGGGAUUCUUCACCGAGAUAUCUCAGUCAAUAAUCUCAUGAUCAACGAGGACGAAGACAACCCUUCGUGGCCAUCAUUCUUGAUUGAUCUUGAUUUGGCCAUCAAAGAGCAGCGAGUCGGUGUCUCGGGAGCGAAUGGAAAGACCGGCACGAGGGCCUUCAUGGCGAUUGGGUCCCUUCUGGGCGAGAAGCAUUCUUUUAUGCAUGACCUUGAGUCAUUCUUCUGGGUGAUAUUUUGGAUAUGCAUCCAUUACGAGGAGCCGGGCAAGGGAAAAGUUGUGCCAAAAUUUGACGAUUGGAAUUUUCGGGAUACAGAGGCGCUAGCUGAUUUGAAGAAAGGGACAAUAUCCGACGAAGCAGAUUUCCUGAGGUCCGCGAAUGUGCACUUCACAAGGCACUACCACCCACUGAUACAAUGUGUCAAUGCACUUCGGAGAGCAGUGUUUCCUAAUGGAAGGAGGUGGACUAAGGAGGAUGCAGGAUUGUAUGAUCGGAUGAAAGAGAUUCUGCGGGGUGCUCGAGAGGACUGA